GGACGUGAAAGUAAGCGUUACCUUGCGGUUGCUUUCGUUAUGUAAUCAUGAACUGUAACACACAAAACCAAUCAUCAGAUGAAUCAGACAAACUUCGUAAAACAAGAGAAAAAGAGAAUAGACAAACAGCUAUUUGUGCUAACUUUGACAAAUCAAUCGUUCUAUGGAGUCCAGGCGAUAUUGGCAAAUGCCAAAAAACUAUCUUACAAGGAAAUCCUACAUCGAAAAACUAAUCUACCAUGCUACAAUGUCAGAUUCAAUCAAAUCUCCAUUUGCUGGAUUCAAAGUAGCCAAUGAAUAUUUAAAUGAACUGGAUCAUAUUGAUGUAAUCAGUGGGAUCAAAACAUUCAAAUCGUUUAUUCGAUCUUUUUUCAAAAAUAAUAGUCGUACAUCAACUAUGAUUCAUAAAAUAGGAAGAACAUGGCUUCUGAAUGAAUUCGAUAUUGAUUCAUUCUUGUUAUCCGGAGGUGAAUGUCACGAAUGGUUAUGGCUUCGUGAAUUUCUAAAAAAGGAAGAUUAUCGUUUGUGUUCUCAUUCAUUGUCACGUAAUGUGUUGAUUUCAAAUGAUCUUGAAUCGAAAUUUCUAUAUCAUACGGUUUUCCAAUCCCCUGAACUUGGCUUGAAAAAAAUACAAAUGUUACAACCAAAAAGUUUACCUUCAUCAAGUGGUAAUGACCACGCUGGAAAUGAAAUCACUAAAGAAGUAGCUUGCACUCGUUUGGAUCCGAGUUCUGUUGGGGUUGAACAUUUGUCCAUGGUAGACGUCGCAUUGUCAUCAUCAUUGGAUGAUACAGUUACAACCAACAAUGCUGAACAAAAUAAUGAAAGUAGACAGUUUCGAUCAUCAUGGGUUAUAAAUCCAGAUCAAUAUCUUCAUACUGCUGAAUGGCAAUUAAAAGAUCUCAGUUUUAUUGUGGGCUCUGAUAUGCCUAUAUUCGGCACACCGAAACAUCCUUGUAUUAGUCUAAAAUUAAGUCCAUUACAUGAGUCGAUUAAUGUUUUAACCGGAAUUGAUGUAUGGCUUGAAAAUAUUAUCAAUGAAGUCCCCGAAGUGGCUAUGUGUUAUCAUCAUGAAGGUAUCGUCAUGCAAGAAUAUGAAAUUUACAAAACAUGUGAAAUUCCACCGAUAAUUGGAUUUGAAACGGAACAAAUUAAUCAAAUUAUACGUAAUUUAGUUAUGUUUUUAAAACGGAAUGCCACACAAGAAGGUCAUACAUAUUGGCUUGUAAAAGAACCUGGGUUAGGUGUUGUUAAACUAUAUGAUUUGACAACUUUAGGUUAUAAAGAAUUUCUAAAUAAAUGUUCAGAGGAACCUAAUGGUCGAGAGGCAUAUAUGAAAGACAAUAACCCAUUUAUCCUGCCUGUUGCAUCAUUAUGCUAUAAAUUAGCUGAAAUUCGUGUUAAAGAAUAUAUACAUUAUCGUGAAACUCAAAUUUUUCAAUCAACAACUUUCGAUUCUUUUAAUUCAACAUCGUCAUCAUCAUCUCCACGAAGAUAUUCAACUGACAAUAAUGAUUUCAAUGAAAUAACUACUGUUAUGGAUGCUUUACGUUUAUUGAGAAACUGUUUAAAUUUAAUAUCAGUUCAUGAAAAUUUUUCUAAUGUGUCAGAUCUAUCAGGUUUAUCAUUUAAUCCAGCGACUACAUCACCUGGAAUACAAGAUUUAAAAUUUCGUGCAGUAUUAUUACUAUGUCGAUUGUAUCUAAUUACACCUACAAAUGUGAUUAUGACAUGUUUUAAAGAUAUACAAGGAUUGGUAUGUGCAAGUCGAGAGACCGUUAGUGUAAAUAUUGAACAAUUUGGAAAAUCUUUGAAUUCUUCAGAAUUGAAUACAUUUACUUUAUCUGAUGAAAAUGAACAAAUUACUGGCACUACUACUAAUGAUAAAAAUUCAACAUUAGUUUCAAUCAAUUCCAAUCGUAAUUAUUUAGGUUCAAUGAUUAUUGAUGCACUGAGGAAAUCGAAUACAUCGCAACUUUCUGAAUUAGCUAUAUCAAUUCUUGGCUCCUUCAAUCGUAAUCUCGCUUAUGGUCACCAUCGAUCUAAUCUAACCAAUACAAAUGAUCGGGAUAAAAUGCUCACACCAUAUUCCUCAUCAGUAAACAAUCAUCACCACCAAAAUUGUUCUGCCGAGAGUUACGAUAAUGACAGUAUAAUGAAUAAAAAUAAUGAAAUGAAUGACUCACAAACGUAUUCCUUACCAUUUGCUGUAUUAAAAUCUUAUAUUGCUAAGUCAGAAGAAUUAUGGUUCAUGGUAUAUCAACAAAUGCAUCAUACUGAUACCAUAUUGAAUCCAAUUGUAAUUGAAUCAUUAAACAUGAUAUUUCAAUAUACUUUACCAGCUUUAAUGCUUCUUGAACAUUUGGUUCCAGAUAGGUAUAUACAUUGUUUUACUCCUAAUGAACAACAUGAAAAACAAAUACAACUAUCUAUGAAAAAACCAAUUUGCCCAUACUGUUAUUCUUCAUGUGAUCUAAUUAAAGACUCAUUAGAUCGUUGCUGUUUAAGUGAUACAUUAUUCAUUGUAAGUUGUCUAUUUUCUGCUGCAUUUAUUUCUUAUCCGGAAGCAAUUCAACGAACUAAUCUUAUCACCACUUCAAAUCACCAUUAUCAACAAGAUAAAAAGAAGGAUUCGGAAUUAUUAACUCCUUCAGUUGAUACGUUUAUCAUGCAAUCAGCUUGUGAACAAAGUAAAAUGCAGAUGAAAAUCUAUUUGAAUACUGUUUUAUCAGGUCCAGUUAAAUUAUCGAAAAAAUUAUCAUCUAGUAUUGAAAAAUUUUCUGACGAUGAUUCUUCUGCCGCUUGUUGUUUACAACGUGUUUUUCUUCAAUCGACAAAUACUACUAAUCGUCAACAGCGCCAACAUCAUUCACGUAGAUCGAACUCGUCAAUGAUGACGAUAAUGAAACAACGAGCUAAUAAAUUUGAAUCUUCUCAUGAUUUAAAAGCGUAUAUGAAUAAAUUAAAAAUUACCAAUGACUGGUGGUCAGUAUUAAUGAAUAUGUUUGUAUGCUGUUUACGUAGUAUGUGGUUGGACUGUGUUAGUGAUAAUCAAGAUGAGAUCAUUCAUUUAAACUUCAAUAAAUUGUUAGAUCAAUAUCUAAAUAUUCUAUUAUGUAAUCCAUUUGAUUCUUCAUGUAGUACUACUACUACAUCUACUGAUAUUGUUGAUGUAACAAAUAAUAAUAAUAAUAGUAGUAGUAGUAUAAGUAUGGUAUCAUAUCAGUUGAUUGAUACAAAUGAAUUUCAAUUAUACAAAUUAUUGGCAUUAUGUUCUCAGUCAUCAUUAUCAUCAUCAUCAUCUUCAACAUCAUUGUUACCAUGGGCGAAUAAAUUAAGUUCAUUGAAAAAAUGGCGAUCUAAUGAAGAUCAUUUACUACCUAAUGAAACAUUAUAUUUUAAUCAACAAUAUUAUUCUAAAACAUCAAUUUUAAAUAAUAUGCAAAAUUAUAAAAAAUUUCAAUUUUCAUUAACUACAGUUUGUUUAGCUCGAUCUAUUGAAACAUUAUUACAUUAUCAAUUAUGUAUAAAUCAUAAUCAAAUGCCAUCUAUACAAAUAUGUUUAGAUUUAUUACUUACAACUAAUGAAUAUUUAUCAAUUUGUUUAGAAGAAUUCAAAUCUAUUCAGGGUGAUAAAUUGGAAUACUUAGACAUAAUUAAUAAUGUAUUAAAACAAGUUUUACGUUAUCUCCCAUCGGAUCUCACUCCUUAUUCAAUUACAUCAUCGUCAACUACUAGUUCACUCACGACUACAGAAAAUGAUAGCACCACCACCAACAACACAGCUGUCAAUAAAGACAUUUUGCGAAUUUUUGUUAAUUUACGUUUACACCAGUUAAACGUUAUGCUUUUACGACAUCAUCAUGGUGUAACAUUUAAACGUGGCAAAUCACAAACUCCUGCUUGGUUUACAAUGAUUACACAAGCUAGAACUACAUUAGAUUGGCAUGCUUCUUAUUUAGCUAGUAAUACUAAUAUUAUCACUUCUAAGGGGGAAGAUAAACACUUGAACAUUGAUUUACAAGAUGUGAUUUUACAUGUGACUUUGUUAAAUCAUCUUGUCAGUUUACAGACAGUAAAUCAAGAUGUAUUAUCUAUAUUCGGUAUUCAAGCUAUUCUUCGAGAUAUUUGUAGAAUUCAUCCUAUCUUAAAAUUAUUGACCAGUUCUCCUGAUUAUUUUACAACAAAUCCAUUAUAUUCUAAUCUACAAGGUCCCUUAAAUUCAAUUUCAAACAAUUUAACCAAAUUAUGUGAUACACUAGCUAGAAAAUCACAAACUAAACGUGAAAAUAAAUCUGACUUAAAAUUAACUAACAGUCAACAUGUCAAAAAAACUAAACAAAAGAAUAGUGGUAGUAACAACAAUCGACUGAUAGAACAAAACAUCCCAGAAACUAAUGAUCAUUAUCAUGAAAACUUUUCUCCAGAAUCUUUAUUAUUGUCGAACAUAAAAAAACAGCAACAACAACAGGAUAAUUUUUAACAACAAAACAAACUAUGAAUGAAGCAAACAAUUCACCAUCACCACAACCAUCAUAUCAAGCAUUCAAUAAUCACUGUCAAGUUCUACAAUGUCAAAUUGAACAUUUAACUAAGUAUUUAAGUGAAUUAUGAGAAAUAAAAGCAUGAAAAAAGAAGAGUAAAUAAUUAUCCUACUCAUAUAUUUAUUUUUUUAUUCACACUACCUAAGCUUUCUGUCCUCCUGUUUCAUAUGUAG